CUUAAAAACAAUUUUUUUAAAAGCUUCUUUAAAGUUUAUAUAUACUUUUGUACCUCAAAAUGAAAUCAACAGAGUUCAUUAAAGAUUGUAUUGAUUUAAAUGUAAAUGAAUCAAGUACAGAACUUGUUUUAAAUUGUAAGAAUAAUCUCGAUAAAAUUGAAAACAUGUCUAAAUCUGAAGAGAAAAAAAAUGAAAAACCUUGUGAACAAAUAUCUGUGAAAAAUGUUAAGGAAGAGGUAGCAUGUUCAAAAUUUGAUCAAGAAGAUGAAUUAAACAAAGAAGAAAUUUUAUUAGAUGAUUUAUUAAAAAGCAAGUAUGAUGGAAGAACAAUUCAGCUUCCAGAUUUUGCAAUUGUUUAUUCAUUUUUGGAGUUGUUUGGAGUAUUUUUGGAGUUACCAUAUAUAACUAUGCCUGAAUUAGAGCAUUCAUUAGACUCAACAAAAGUUUUCACUGGUGGUGAAGACAGUGGAGUGUUGGAAUCCCUACAUACCAAACUUUUCCGCAAACUUAGCAAAUCUCCUCGCUUCUCGAUUUUAUCCAAUUUUAAACCAAACAAGUUGUCUAAAACUGUUUUAAAGUUUGCUCAAAUGGCAGAACUUCCUUUUGCCUGGGAUUUAGAACAGUUUGGUUAUCAUAUACUAACUUGUGCACAAAAACUACAAUUACUUAAGGCGCUAUGUGAUAUACAGUUCGAUGAAAACCCAAGGUUUAAAUCAAUUUUAUUUGAGGCUUAUAAAGCAGAUCAAGGCGCAAGUCUUCGUUUGUCUCCUUUUGGAUACGAGCAAGAUGGAAAAACUGUAUGGUUUCAUGAGGAUGGAGAAUAUAAUGUUCAAGUUUAUGCUGGGGAGCUGGAAGAGACUGACAUGUGGCAAGUGAGAGCUGGGAACUUAGAUGAUCUCACAGAAUAUAUAUCUAUAUUAAAGAAGUUAUCAGAAGUAAACCCUAAAGAUGUAGCUGCAGAAAAGUUACGGCUGCGUAAUGCUGCUAAACAAAAGGAAAAAGAAAAACGUAGAUUAGAGCGGGAACAUCAAAGACAAUUACUAAAAGAAGAAAAAAAUGAUAAAAAAAGGGGGCGUAAAACAAAAGUUAUUAUCAAUACAUCAGAAUCUGAGGAAGAGGAUGAUGGCUGCUGUCGAUGUUUAGCAAACAAUCAAUCAGAUUUGGUUUUGCUGUGCGACGGUUGCGAUGCAGCAUAUCAUACGUUGUGUUUACGUCCUCCGGUUGAAACCAUACCUGAAGGAGAUUGGUUCUGUCCAUUCUGCUUACAAGUUAAAUUAAUUGAGGCACUAGAGGUAAAGCUAAACGAGUUAAAUGCUAAAAUUAAGGCGCGGGAAAGAAAAUCUAAAAGAAUGGUAUUUUAUGGAAUAAAUUCGGCAAAUAUUGUAGAUAAAACAAGCGAAGACAACGCAACUAGGCGUUCUGGUCGUGGUGCAAAACGUAUUGAUUAUAAUUUUUCUGAAUACGACGAGAUGAUUAAGAAAGCGGUUAACGCCAAAGAUGAAAAAGAGUUAUUACCGUGUGGUCGAGUGUCCGCAAGAAAUACGAAGCAAAAGCGUCAGCGGCGAAAACUAAAUGAUCUGGACACCGACAAUGAAGAUGAUUAUGAUAGCGGCGAUAAUUCAUUUAGCAACUACGACAGUGAUCAACGUGAUGAUAUGAAACAUUUUAUAAAUGAUCAUCUUGAUGAAACAGAAGAACGCCACAGAAAUAAACACUUGAGAAGCAGUCGACGCUUUAAAACCCGCCGGAAACGUUUAAAUAUUGAUGACGAUGACGAAGGCAGUAACAAAAGUGAAAGCGACGGUUUUGACUCUAAAAUCCCUAAACGGCGAUUACGUCAGCGCAAAGUGACGAGGUACGAUGAAACUGCGUUUUCAAGUGAAAACGAAGGCUCCAUAAAAAGUAUUAAUGUAGAAGAAGGCGACGAAUGGAUCGGAGAUGAGCCAUCUAGUGAAUCAGAAAGCGAGGAUUUGAAUAGCGAAGUUAGCGAUAGCCCAAAACCAAGACGUACUUUAAGACAUCGCCAAGUGAAAAACAAAGUUAAUUUAUGUGAAGAUGAUAGUGAAGAAGAUGACGAGGAUUACGAUUUGAGCGAAGAAAGUUCAAUUGAAGUUAACUCUGAUAAAGAUAAGCAAGUCACAGACUCUAAACCAGUCGUUCAAAAUUUGAAUGAGGAGCAGACUCAUAAUAAAAACGGAGAUGAAGGGCAGUGUCGAGAUCCAAUUGCUCAAAAUACGCUUGCCGACAAUGGCCAAGUAAAACCAAUAGAACAUAGUGGUAUUAAGUCGCUGGACAAUGUAAAAGUUUUAAAACCUUCACCGACUAAAAAGGAAUUAAAUGAAGGCGACUCGAAUACUAUUUGUAUGACUUUUACUGUCGCUAAUACCAUUUUAUCUUCUCCAGUAAUACAACAGGCAAACAAACCAAGUGCUUUUUGUCAUCCUCGAGAACGUUUUAAUCAAGUUAUCAAGUCGAAAUCUCCUUCAGGUUCACCCACGAAAACAUCCGGUAAUAUUCAGCAACAGCAACCAAUAAUACAACCGGUACCGUUUUUGAAAACUUCCACUGUUCCUUUGCACCCUCGUGAAAUAUACAAUAAUUUAUUAAAAAACAAGGUAACAGAAAUGCCAAACCCAUCUACGCAAAAUACCAGUUCAACUUUUAUUCAUCACUCAUCACCAUCUACGUUAUGUCAAAGCUUUUCAUCAGCUAGCAGUUUAGGUUGCACUACCAUCCAAACUCUAAAUCAAAACAGUAGUUUUAAUGCAAGUUUUCAUAACAUUACUUCAACACAAGAUAUGAACCCACACUCUUCACGGUUACAAUUUAAUAACAUUCACGGCAAUUAUUUUUCAAAUUCAGGUUACGAGCCAUCAUACACUCAAUCUCAACGUUUCUCGUCGCCUGGUUGUCUUCCACCCCAACAAAUAGGGCUACAAUCUCAUAGCUACAAUCAUAGUACGAACUCUUCAUUAGGAUUUUAUCCAAUGCGUUCUACGCCUUAUUGUCCGCGUCAGCAGGAACAGUAUAGACCAUCUCCAGCAUUUCCUAAUGUACACGGUUCAACUGGGUAUCCUUUUAUGGAGUCAGUUGCUUCAUCGCCUAAUUUUUAUCCUCCAUACGAGUAUUCUGAUCAAGUCCGACCUCCUGUGCACGUCGGUGUUUAUCCCUACUCGCAAUAUAGCGGGAUUCAAAAUGUGAAACAAGAUCGAGAUAUAAAAAAGCAGUUGAAAGAACAAGCAAAACAAGAAAGAGAACUUAAAAAAUUGGAAAAGUUACAAGAAAAAGAAAGAAAAAAGCAAAAGAAAGUUUCUACGGUCAACCACGGAAUGGAUGGGAAAUCUAAUAUGAAUUUUUUUCGAAAUAUGGUCAUUUCUCCUGAUAAUAAUAAAGGAGAUGAUACACAUGAGCAGUUCCAAUAAAUCACAGUUUUUAGUUUAUUUAGAACACUUUGUCAAAAUAAUUUUUUAAAAUUUUUUAAAAGGUACUAAA